GCCUGUGAGAUAUCUGUGUUGUCCAAUUCGAUUGAGUUUCGUUCAGCUCAGAGUGUAGAGUCGGCAAGACGCAGCCAUGUCUGGACGCGGUAAGGGAGGUAAAGGUUUGGGCAAAGGAGGCGCCAAGCGUCACAGGAAGGUGUUCAGAGAUAACAUCCAGGGAAUCACCAAGCCCGCCAUCAGGCGUCUGGCCAGACGUGGAGGAGUGAAGCGUAUCAGUGGGCUGAUUUACGAGGAGACUCGCGGAGUUCUGAAGAUCUUUCUGGAGAAUGUGAUCCGAGAUGCGGUGACGUACACGGAGCACGCGAGGCGCAAGACUGUGACUGCUAUGGAUGUGGUGUACGCGCUGAAAAGACAGGGAAGAACUCUGUACGGGUUUGGAGGAUAGAACAUCUAUUUUUUCGCUUUUCGCGAGAGCAAAUCCACUCGCUCAUAUCAGUGGGAAAUUCUCCGACUUGAUCUGGAGGCUGAGUACUGAUCAUAGUCCAUGGACUCGACGACGUCCAUCGACGCGGAAGGGUGUUAGCAGAAACACUGAGAACUCCGGACGAUGUCAGCUCUUGAAUUCAUGUGCCCUUGAUGAAUUGUAUAGAAUACGCUGCGCUGCACAUCUUACAGACGCCCUCUGCGGCGAGGAAGAAUCUUUUUAGUUCACCUUAAGUUACCAAAGGAUCAUAUAGUCACUGAAAAGUGCCCUUGGGUUGAUAACCCCGUGUAAAUUCUUACUUCGAACUUCAUUUUUUCAAUCCAACUUCAAAACAAGAAACGAAGCGCUCAUUUUUUUGGGACU